AUGUUCAAGACAUUCAAAGCACCUGCAUUCUAUGUCUCAAUUCAGUCUGUCUUGUCACUGUACGCUUCCGGUCAUACCACUGGUAUUGUCAUGGACUCUGGUGAUGGUGUCAUCCACACUGUGCCUAUUUACGAAGGGUUCUCUCUUCCACACGCCAUUCUCCGUCUCGAUCUUGCUGGUCGUGAUCUCACUGACUGUCUCAUCAAGAACUUAACCGAGCGUGGUUACUCUUUCACGACGACUGCCGAAUGUGAAAUUGUCUGUGAUAUCAAGGAGAAGCUGUGCUACGUCACCCUUGACUUUGAGCACUGGGGGAUGCAAACUGCCGCACAGUCACUGUCAGCCCUCGAGAAAAGCUACGAACUUCCUGACAGUGGGCACAUCAUCACGAUUGGUAACGAGCGGUACAACUCGAUCUUCAAGUGCGAUCUUGAUGUCCGUCGUGACUUACUAUAUGGUAACGUCGUCUUGUCGGGUGGUACUACCAUGUUCUCUGGCAUCGCCGAUUGUAUGCAGAAGGAAUUGACCUCGCUCUCGCCGUCAAGCAUGAAGGUCAAGAUCGUCGCUCCUCCUGAACGGAAAUACUCUGUCUGGAUCCGGCUUCCCUCUCCACUUUCUGGCAGAAUCUGUGGUGUUCAAAGCAGGAGCCUUACGACGAGUCCGGUCCUGGUAUUGUCCAUUGCAGUGCAGUGCUUCUAA